UUACCUAGAGUUUCCUCCUAAGCUUCCGGGUGAUAGUAGACGAGGCUGUGCAUCCUUCGGUCAAUCGACGCCUUUUUGUCAACCUGAAUGAACAGUACUUCGAUUUCUUCCUUCCAACUAUUAUAGGUAGGUAUAAAUAAAAGUUACAGUACUAUCAAUUUUCAAGAAUCUUCAAAAUUACUUCAUACAAACGCGAAGUCUGAAUGUGCAAAUCCUUUCAGGUACUCUCUAUUCUCCACCAUGAAUACAUUGGGCAGAUUGUCCGAAGUGGCAGUUUAUGCUCUCGGUAUCAUAUUGUCAUUGGUAAGUAAACCUCUCAGUAUCCCAUCCAUGAUGAUUCCAACUAAGCUUUAUCGCUUUACUUUACUAGAGCCUUUUUGCUCUUAGCUACUAACUUGUGCUCCACCCAUUGAAGAAUUACCCCGGCCCGUUCAUCGCCAAAUUCACAGAUGGCUAUGGUGGCUAUCACGCCGUUAAAAAGCGUCUUCACCUCGCUACAUAUUUCGGCCAUUUGAAAUAUGGUACGUCUAUUUAGUAGUGCUUUACCUAGAACAUGCUCGAGUUUUGAAAAUAAUCAACCCUAUCUACUAUCAAACAGGCCCCGUGUAUAGACAAGCUCCCAACCGUCUAGUAUUCAACACCUCCAGCGCUUUACGAGGUAAUUUAAUCCCCUUUCCCCCUCUCCACCUAAAACAUUUAGUAUUAACCUACCCAGCAAUCUACCUCCACCCCUCCAUAAACAAAGCCCAUAUUUACACUCACACCCAAUUCAACCCCCAAGCCAACAUUUUCGGCACACUAGAACGAGAACGUCAUCGCCAAAAACGUAAGAUAUACGGACAAGUUCUUUCCGAACGUUCAUUGCGUUCUUUUGAGCCUACUAUGAGUAGCGAGAUUGAUGUGUUCUUAAAGCUAUUGUUGGAUACUAAGAACGAAGUUGUUAAUAUGUCGCCGUUGUGUGAACGGCUUACGACGGAUGUGGCUGGGCAGUUGGCUUUUGGACAGCCGCUUGAUACGCAAACGGAGGAGAGGAAUAGGGCGUUUCCGAGGGCGAUGAUUUCUAUGAAUAGGCUUGUUAGUAUUUUUAGUGAGUAGAUCGUGGUUCCUUCGUCUUGAAAUGUGUUUCAAAAUUAAGAGCUAGUCAUAACGUACCAGUCAUUCUCCCCGAAGUCUGUCGUUUUCUGCUACAGAAAACCAACUAACCAUCUACCACAAAGUGGCUUGGCCAAUAAUUUCAAAAACAUGGCCACUUCUCAGACGACUCAAUAAGAAGAACGGCGUGGCAUUUUCCAAGUCAAUACAGAGUAUAAUACAAAAACGCGUAGCUCUUCCUCAGGACGCAAAGCAUGAUUUCUAUUCUAUUGCAGGAGGGGAAGUCGGUGAAGAUGUAGAGAGUCUUGGACGUAGCGAAUUAUGGGCUGAAGCUGUAUUUUUUAUUUCCGCAGGUUGGUUAUGUCGAUUUUCUUAGUCCCUUCUCUUGAACCUAUUGAAUUACCUCAAAAUUGGCUUUUGCAAUGACUCUUCCUAUGCUCACUAGGAGCGUCUCUUCAAACCCACACUAUCCAUGAUGGGCAUCAUUAACACUAAAUAUAUCCUCCCAGGCGGCACAACCCUCUCCGCAGCCCUCAGCUCCCUCUUCUUCUAUCUCUCCCACCACCCCACCGCCUACACUCUUCUCACCACCGAAAUCCGUGACACCUUCUCCUCCAGCCUUGACAUAAAAAGCGGAGCCCAACUCUCCUCAUGUAAAUACCUUCGAGCCUGCAUCGACGAAACAUUACGAAUGGCACCACCAUUUCUAGCCACAUUUUGGCGCGAACCUUUUUCGGAUUAUGCAGAACCUUUUGUCGUGGAUGGACAUGUAAUACCGCGUGGUACAAUGGUUGUAGUCAAUCCGUAUUGUGUGAUGCAUAAUGAGGAGUAUUUUCCAGAGCCAUUUGCGUUUCGACCGGAGAGGUGGUUAGGAUCUGCGGAAGCAAGUUUUGGGUGAAUUUAUUCGAUUCUUUGAUGUUAACCCCUAUUCCAGUCCCAUGCUUUUUUUUCUGUCUUUAUUACUUCUAGUCUCCUCAUUCUAACCCCUUUCCCUUCCAAACCCCCUUCUAUAGAGAACAACUAAUUCCCUCCUCUCAACAGUACCCCAAAAGAAGAGCAAAACCUCGCCUCCAUGCGCGCAGCAUUUGCCCCCUUUGCCCUAGGAGAUACCGGCUGUCUCGGCAAAGCAAUGGCCUAUCAUGAGAUUAGUCUCGCAAUCGCGAAAACUUUAUGGUAUUUUGAAUUUGAAAAAGCACCAGGCGAAGCUGGUAAGCUCGGUGAAGGACAGCCAGGGAAUAUGGAUGGGAGAGAUAGGGUGGAUGAGUAUCAAUUAUUUGAUCUUGCGGUUGCGGAUCAUGAUGGUCCGAAUUUGGUGUUUGCUCCGAGAGAGGAGUAUUGGCAGGAAUUGGGUGGUGAAGGUUUGAAGGUGUAAGUUGAGUCUGGGUUUUUUAUUACUGAUGGCUUCGGUAUUGAUCUGGUUAAUUACUACUCUAAUCGUUCAAUCUCUAUCGUCUAUUUCCGUUCUCACAUUGCUUCAAUUGCUAGUGUAGUUUCUUAUCCGUUUCUAACUUUAACCCUUCUUCACCCGUACCCUAAUCCAUUUCGCGGCAUUUCCCCAUUACCCGACCCCCUUAUCCUCCUUGCUUUCCAUUAAAAAAACACAUCCCCUCAUUCCACUAGUAAACGGGUCUUUCUACACAAUACCCCUCCUCAUCAACCAUGUCUGCCAUGCAGGUUUUGUGUUUGACGAUUUGUCACCAAUCGCGAAGUCGCCCAUUAAAGAAAGCUUAUUCGUGUUGAUAUCUUUCUGAUUGUGGACCGAACCUAACAUUGCAUUAUGCCAUAACUGAUCAGUCGUUCAGGUUGUAAGAAUCCUUUUGCAAACAAUUUUGAUUAUUAAGGUUCAUAUUUCCGGAUAUACUUAUACCAUCCCAUAGCAAAAUAAUGCAUCAGGCUUCGUUAUCUUUGUAACUCAAUUUAAGUCUAGUACCUCUCUUUUCGGCAACCCUUUUACAUCAAAAAUCGAGAUUUUCAUUUAUUAAUAACUUUACAAUUAAUUAAU